AGCCACUCCUGUGAAAUUCCAUUUAGAACCGCUCACCUUAAUAAUCCAACUCGCAAAACUCCGGUGCAUAUAAUACUUGCGAAAAAGYGUUCGCUGAGGAAGCAUGAGUCCGCCAGCCGAAGAACAGGAGAGCAUUCCUCUUGGCGGGGAAACAGUUACAUGUAACGAAGGGAGACCUGGCUAUUUCUUUAGCAAAACCAAGRUUAUUGCAGCUGUAUUGAUACUCGUACUGUUGGUUGUAGUUGUCAUUGUGCUUGCUAUAUUACUAGGAAUUGAACUUCGUAGCAGUGGUACAAAGGAUACUGCUAUUUUGGCUCCUCCAGAGAAUGAUACAAUCCCCACAAAUACAACAAUAAUGAACGUUAUGCCUACAACAAUAGCUCCAACUACAGCAGGGACAGAACCUUGGUGGAACCCUCGUCUACCAUCRAAUAUAGUCCCUCGGCAUUAUGACCUUUUUUUGAAUAUAACAGUGGACCAACCRAGCUUUGAUGGAAGUGUUGAUAUAAGAGUAGAUGUGAAGAAAGCUACAAAUCUUAUUAUUUUGCACAGUACUGACCUUAACGUGCAAUAUCUUGAAGUGAAGAGAAUGAACAAGGAAGGUAUCAUUGCAACAAAAAAGCACUUUGCUUUUCCAAAAUAUAACUAUUACGUAAUUAUGAUGGCGAGAAUUCUAGAACCAGCGCAAUACCUUAUACGGCUAGCGUUCGAUGGAUUGUUCCAAGGCUACCUUGGAAUGUACCGAGCUACAUACACACGUAGGAACGGCGAAAAGGUGAAUUUUGUUGCCACACAAUUCGAGGAUCUAGAGGCCCGUCGUGCUUUCCCUUGCUUCGAUGAGCCCGCGAUGAAAGCAACUUUCAACGUUACAAUCGCCCAUCGUCCUGACUAUAUUGCUCUUAGCAACAUGCCGAUCUACAAGUCGGAGAUGUACAAGCAUCAGAGAGUGAAUCAUUUCAGGACUAGUGUGGUGAUGCCUACCUAUCUACUAGCUUUUGUCGUGGGUGACUUUAACUCGACAGAACAGCUCACUAGUAAUGGCAUUAAGAUGCGAUAUUACAGUCGUCCUUCGUUUGUUUAUAAACUAAACUAUGCUAAGAGUGUUGGUGGAAGGAUCAUGACGCACUUUGAGAAUCUUUUCGAUAUUCCGUACCCCCUGCCCAAAGAAGAUAUGGUAGGGUUACCAUCAUUUCCCUAUUUGGGCAUGGAGAACUGGGGACUCAUCCUAUACAGAGAUAAAAUCCUGCUAUGGGAUCCGAAGGAGUCCAUAGAACAAAGCAAACUUUUAUCUGUUCAAGUGAUUACCCACGAGCUAGCACAUAUGUGGUUUGGUAAUAUAGUAACCAUGAAAUGGUGGAAUGACAUUUGGUUGAAUGAAGGCUUCGCAAAUUUCUUCGAACAAGUUGGUGUUGGAUACGUUGAACCUGAUUGGAAGAACGAGGAUUUGAUGAUCUUUAGUAAAAGAAGGGCUUCUAUGUWUCAUGACGUGGAUCCGUUCUCUACWCCACUCUCAGGGCCUGCGGACAAAAUACAGAGCAGCUUUGAAACGAAUACUACUAUCUUCUACCAAAAGGGAAUGUGCAUUCUACGUAUGAUUCAAGGAUUCCUUGGCGAAAAAACUUUUAUUGAUGGAAUGAAGGUUUACCUUAAAAAACACGAAUAUAGCAACGUGGUGACGGAUGAUGUGUGGAAAGCUCUUACUGAGGUGACUUGUUCACGUGGUCAGUGCAUGGAYAUCAAACAAAUCAUGGACCCAUGGACACUGCAGUCUGGGUACCCUGUGGUGAAAUUCUCCAAAAAGAACGCAACGCACUUCACUGUCACUCAGAGUCAUUUCAAAUCAAAACAAAACGAAACUUAUCGAAAAUCUGAAUUUGGGUACUCCUGGGUAAUUCCUUUAUCUUACGUCAUCAAGGACAAAGGUCGCGGUUUUACAUGGAUGAACAUGACGUCAGGUAUGACGCACCUUUGACUGUCACUUCAGCAAAUCAAUGCAAGUGACAAUGUCUAUGACGAACAACACUUUAUAACAAAUAUUACCUCCAUAUUACGAACACCUCUACUUGAAGGACACCCCUACG